AUGGAUCUCGAGACAAUGCAAUUUACCAACCGCAGCACAUUUUCGAGCACGGACUUCGCCGGAAGCAAGAUAUUGCUCGUUGCAACAGUACUACUCUGCUAUGGGGAUCCAGAAGAGAUCGUAGACCUCAUUCCAAAGCCCGGCUGGGAAGAUGCUCUGAUUACCUCACUUACGAGUGGCGAUGAUGCAAGUGGUCACGUCCUCCUCGCCUCGAUGAUCAAAGAUGACGAGAAGGAAAUGAAUACGGAGGGCUCGUCCCUUCUCCACAGCAGAUGUUGUGAGAUCGAGCAUUGGGCAAGGCUCUUCGACAAGUGA